AUGUCAUUGGAAAAAGAAAUCUCGACUAUCAAUGAAACGAGCGCCCUCGAAUAUCCCACUUUCCGGGUUCCAUAUGAGGAGCUCAACUGCAAAUUUCGUCAAGGGCAAAAGGUUGGUUCCAAAAAAAGAUAAUUAGGCCUAAAACGGGUUUAUUUAGAAUGAAAAACAUUGACUUCUCACUAGCUAUUAUUACCGUUUCGGGAAAUUAUUUUGAUUCUAGAAAAAGGAAUGCCGUCUGUUUUGCUUGAGAAUGAGUUCUCCUAAUAUUAAUUAUUCUAUUGAUUUUGUUGGAGAAAAGCCGUUUUAGAGAAUAGAAAUGGCAUUUGAACUUCAUCCUUCGGUAUAAAAAAGAUCAAUUCACUAUUUUCUAACUAUCAUCACCGUUUCGGAAAUUUAUUUUUAAAGAAUUUGUUUCAACUAAAAUCGAUCUUCUAUGGCUCCCUAAUGUCCAUAUUCAUCGAAGUAAUAAAGAAAAAGCGGUUCCAGAGGAUGGAAAUGGCGGGAAUGGCGAUAAAACGAUUCGCAACAGCACUGGAACGUCGUAUCGGCGAUGCUCAAGAUGCGAUUCCCGUUGAAAAGGUAUCCAACAUCAGAAAUAUCUUUAAAAUAAUUUUUUUAUAUAAAUCCUUCAAAGCUGAAUAACACUUUUUCUUCAUAGUUAUUAGAAUUUCAUGCCCUACGCUUUUCAUUGAUUUCAAAAUUAUUUUUGCACCUCAAAAAGAUCUUUGAACAUGGUUCAAGUUGCCGAUGUUUUUUUAAAAAAAUAAAAAAAUGUAUGCCCAUUUCAAGAACCAUAUAAAAAUUCUUCAGGUCAAAGGCGCAUACAAAAAUCUGUGUUCUCAAGUUGAAGAGCUGGAAAACGCGUUGUCGGAAACGGUCGGAAACGAAAUCGAACUCGCUGAACGGCUUCAGGCCCGUAUCGCCUACAUGGAUGAACAGGUAAUUUGUUGGGAAAUGGCAGGAAUUGACGAAAUGAAAUAUAGAUUCUGUUUUAAAUCGAAAACUGUUUUGGAAAGGAUCACACAACCAUUAACCUCAUUUGAAAAAAAUAUUAAAUUCGGUUCAAAAAAAUAUGCAAGUUGAAUUUAAAAAAACGGAAGUUUUUUUGAAAAAGACGGGGUUUGAAAAAAAUAUUAAGUGCUCUUCUGUAUUAUUCAAUUUAAAGGUUUUUUUAGAAAAAAAGGAUUAAAGGCGAAAAAAAGUAAGAAAAAAAGAGCUUCAAAGAACUUUUUGCAAUUUUUUUCGAACUUGAAAGAAAUUUUUUUAAAAAUUUUUUUCUAGGUCCCAAAAAUUCGCACUUGAUUGAAAAAUUUAUUAUUUAUUCUUUCAAAAAAAAUUUUUUCCUGGUCUACUCCAAAUACUCGACAAAAAAACUAUUAUUUUUUUAGUAAAUCUUACUUUCAUGAGAUUUAUUUUAAAUGUAUCAACCAUUGAAAAGUUUUCAUCCUCGACCAGCCGUUUAUUUUGGUUUCGCUACUUUUGACCUUUUUCUGAAACAGAGAAGUGAGUUUGCAGCAGGAUCCCUCCGACGAUUGUCCAACUUCUCUGAUCGAAUGGAAGAAUGACCGAAAUCGCGUGGCUCGCUACUCGAUCUGGUAUUUGUUGCGGUGCGGCCAUUUCGGGACCGCGAAGAGAAUGGCUGAGGUUACUGUUUCGUUGAAUCAUCAAAAAGAAGAUGAAAAUCGAUUUUCUCCAAGAAACGCCAUUAUCCGUUCGUUAUAGUAGAGAAAAAGGCCUUUUAAUAAUGAGUUUGUUUUUUAAAAGGGUUUAUGAAAAAUUUCUUAUGAAAUUCUCUUUGAGACCAUGCUGCAAAAAGCCGCUUUUUAAAAUUUUUGAGUUCCUAAUUAUAAAUGGGCCCGAUUAGGGGAGUUAUCAAUUGUAGUUAGUUUGAAAAUUAGAAUAAAUACAAGUUUUGCGGCCCAAAAAUAGAAGAUUUUGUGUUUUUUUCUCAAUAAAUUUCUGGUUCCAGCAAGACGUGUCUCAUUUUGAUUAAAAAGGAAAAAUCGAGUUUUUAUUUAGGAAAAAUAGCUGAUAAACUUUCAGAAAAAAAGGAGAAAAAUUUCAAAAAUAUAAGAGAUUCUGCUGAAAAAAAUAAAUUGAUUUUUUUAUUCUUUUUGCAGUCGUACAAAAUGAAGGACAUCGUGGACUUGGACGUCUUCGAGAACUGCAAAAAGAUCGAAGAUUCCCUCCGGGGCGGAGACACGCGUCUCUGUCUCGAAUGGAUCGAAUUGCAUCGACCAAAGCUGAAGAAGAUGAAGAGCAAGCUGGAAAUGUUCGUCCGGCAGCAGGUUUGUCUUGAGAUUCAUUCAAAAAUCAAAAGUUUCAGAAGCGAUAUCGGGAAAAAUGUGAACUGCAGAAAAGAAUGACUGAAAAUAUGAAUUGAGGGAAAAAAUAAUGAAAAGUUAUUUUCUGGUGUGCAUAUUCAUUGGAAAAACGAAAAAAAAAUGUUUUAGUUCUAUUUUUCCAAGUUUCUUAACAAAUUUUGGAUUUUUUUUCUGUUUUGAAGGUUUUUUAACGGACUUUCCCGCUUCAGUAUACAUUACUGUUUUUUUACUAUUCGCUGUUAUCGUUCAGUGAUUGCCUGCAUAAUCAUUUAUAUUAUUUAAGACAAGUCGUUCGUUUCAAUAUUUAUAUUUAUUAAAAAGAAUAUAUAAAUUUGCAUGGUUUAGAGAAGAGUAAUAGGAAGUUAUAUAAGUUAUAUGAAAUCAGUAAACAUACACCCCAUUGAAAAAUCGAUUUUUCAGGACGUCGUGGAUUUGGUGUCGCAGAAGAAGAUCCUCGACGCUUUGAAGUACGUCCGGGCCAAUAUCACGCCCCAAAUGCGGCCCGACUGCCAGGAAGAACUUCAAACGGUUCUUUUUUCCCAAAAUCAAGAGAAAAUGCUCGACAGAAUAAAAAUAAAUAUUCAAAACUGCUUGAAUCGGCUUUACUUAUAUAAUUUAUAACUUGUAAAAAUAAAAACCUGAGAAAAACUAUGUAGUACUAGUUUGCAAAAAGAGUUCUAAUUAUGCCGGUUGAAGAGGUUUUUUUAUUUUUUUAAAAAAAGUCAUUUUGAAAAAAUCGAGUAAAAAAAUUAGAGUUUUGAUAAGAAUAUUUGAUUUUUUUAAAGUAAUAUCAAAAUUUUCGAUUUGAAAAAAAGAUAUAAAAACAAAGAAAUAGUCAGGAAUUGCUUGCAAAAACCAGUUUGUGCACUGGUAAUUUUAUUUGUCUAUACUGCUCGUUUAAGAUUCUAAAAACGUCAAUCAAAUACAAUUUCGGGAGUAAAUUUCUAAGAAAUUUUCGGAAAAUUGAACUUUUUUCUUUAAAAAAGUUUGGAAUUUUUGGAAUUUUCGAAUGAUUUUUCUAAGAAAAUUAUUAUUUCUUGCAGAUAAUGGGAAUCAUCGGAUUAUCCGACUACAACAACCGCUUUGCCGAACUGUUCAGUCCAGUAAGAUGGGAGAAAGUCGGUCGGAUGUUCGUCGAAGAGCUCUUCUUGCUAUAUCAGGUUACCUUUUCACCAAUCCUUCAAAUAGAAUGAAGUUUUAACGAAAAUGGUUAUGUCAAAAUUGUCACAGAACAACUGCAUGGGUUUUAUAACAAUAACCGUUGAAAUAGAGUUGUUAGUCUAUAAAAAAAAAAAUGAAGCACAAUUUCUCUCAUCAAAGUUUCAUUUUUUUAACAUAUAUUUUAAUUGAAAUAGCUUGGUUUGUUCAAAUAGGACGAGUUUGAAGACUUUGUAUUAAUAGUGAAAAUUUUCAAGGACAUUCCGGUGAUAUUAAAGGCAUAGGGGCAGUAAAAAAUGGGGUUUCAGGUGAAAGCAGUAUCUUAUAUAGUUUUUCUUUGCGAAUCGAAUGGUGUACUCAAAAAAAUUAAAUAUGUGACCACUUUAGAAGAAAAACGCGAUUUUACUUUCCCGCCUUUAUUUUUGAAAAAAAUUUUUGAAUUGGCCUACGGACAAAUGUUUACAGUAGCUGUGCACGCGAUGUUGCGGACGUCUCAUUAGACUCGCAUUUUGUGAGAAAUAACCGGCUCUCUGCUUCAAAUUAAGGAUUUCUUCUCUGAAAAAAACAUUUAGUCAAACAAAAAACACACACCGAUAAUAAAGAAAAUACAAAAUAAUGCUAUCCCAAUCGAAACCUGUGUAAAAUCAUCAUUUUUCACGAAAAACGCUUUUUUGCGACCAAAGUUUGCAAAUUAUACAUGAAUAGAAAGCUUUUGUGACGAAAAGAACUUUGGUGACAACAAAAAAAAAUUGAAAAUUGAAAGAAACGAAGAAAAAAGCGAAAAUGCGAAAAGUGGCGAAGCCUGUUGUCCAUAGAGCAACUUUACUGCAAAGUGCCCUUUUCGCGGGAACUCAAGCUUUCCUUUCUCCGACUUUGAAUUAUUUUUUCUCCAAAACUAGGAAGUUCGGUACGUUUUCAAGUUUACCGCUCGAUUCGCAAUGAAAAGCUCUACAAAGUAAUGCUUUGAACUGAAACGCCGUUUUUUACUGCCCCUAUGCCUUUAAUUGAAGCAUUGCAAAGUUUCCGUUUUUUUCGUAUCGCUAGGGGACUUGGAAGUUGACGAAAUAGUGUUCAAAAGAAGAUAAUUGGGCGUAUCGGUAUUUUUUUUAUCAAGUUAGGGGUGAAUUAAUUCGAUGAAGGAUUCCUUAUUAAAGGCGCAGCAAGCCUAUGUGAACUUUAUAAAGAGUUAUGGCGUGAUGUGAAAAUCAAACAAGUGAUCACUAAAGAAUACUUAAUAUAUUCAAGUGAUUCUGGAUUUCUAAACUUCGAAAACGCCAUAAAACUCAUGCCAGAUCAUUGCCAAUGCUUAUUAAAAGAACAUAGAAGUGAGACCAUGAUCCUUUGAUUGUGCUCAAUAGAGCAUACAACCACUCUUUAUGAAACUCUAAUCCGAAUUUUUCCAUUCUUGCUUUUUUCUGGUUUUGUUGUUAACCUAUAACAGCAAGACUGUGAUGAGUGAUACCAACUGGAGAUUUCUUUCCAGCUGCCAUUCCAAUCGGCCUUCUCCUUGUGUCUCCAAUGCGGCCUCGCUGCCCACAAGACGCCGUUGUGUAGAAGGGACGACCGCUCCAAGAAGGAGGUUCGUCGCUUUUCAGGAGAUUUUGUCUAAUUCUGGCGGUUUAAUCAAUAAUGCUUUGAAUUAAUAAAUAAAGUUUUCCUCGCUGAAAUAACUGAAAUUUUAUUCAAAGAAGCAACGCGGACAAUAGUACUGUAAAACUCUGUUCGCCGCAAGACCUCUAUUUUCAGGUGGUAAUUUAUUGAUUUUAACUUAAAAAAAGCCUUAAACUUUGUUUAAUUUGAAUAUUUUAAAUCUACUAAAAAUUGAUGAAUGUGUUUUAAGCCAAUAAUUUCUGAAAAAUCAAUUUUUAAGAAAUUGUAUAAAUUUGAUUUUACAGAUCCAAUGCUACGUGUGCGACAAAGAUGCGUGGCCGAUCGCCGAGGGACUUCCAAAUGGACACGUUUCUCAAUCGAGGUCCGUUUUCCAAUUAACUUUUUGAAGGACCAUCAAAAAUUAAGCAAACCUAAACUCGAGGAUGUGUUCCGAGUUUUUUCCUCUGUCAUUUAGUCUUUACCCGCUCCCUUUUUUGGUUUGGAGCUAUGUAUUUCCAAUGUUUUGUUAUAGAUUCAGAAAAAAAUUUCGAGCCUCGAACUUUCGAAAGAAUUCUAAUCUUUGAAGUGAUCCCGAAUCUCAGUAAUAAAAAAAACAUUAAUUUCACGUCUUUCAUUUCUUAUUAGAGUCAUAAAGCCUUAAAGUAAUAAUUAUAAAAUUUCAUGGGAGAAAAAGAUCUCUUUCAGAGUAUUUGAAGCGUUUUAACUCGACUAAACGAGAAAAAGAAAAGUUUUUUUCAACUUGGAAUCGAAAUUUAUGUUGGAGCUAAUAUUCAGAAUUCCUCCCAAGUGUUGGUUAGAAAAAUUUCCUGUUUUUUUCUUUUCAAAUUUCUUUAAAUAGCUUUUCUUCGAGACUUUCCUGCUGUGAAGAUGCUUAUAAGUGAUUUAAACCCUGAAAGAUUAUGUUAAUCAUAAAAUCACUCCGUUUUUUUUCAGGAUUUUGUGCAGCAUCUCCGGACAACUGUGUGACGAGAAAAACGUCCCAUUCAUGCUUCCAAGUGGUCGGAUCUGCGGCGAGAACGUCCUGGCGCCGUUGAGAGUCGAAGACGACCUUAUCUGCGAUCCCGAAACCAACCAAUGGGUCCCCGCUCAGCAGAUUCAGCGUCUUUACUUCAUGUGA